AAGAAGGUACAAAUGAAAAAUGCGAAGAGAAGGGACACGACUGGAACGUGGUGAUAGUCUCAAUACAAUAAGUCGCGGUUUGAACUCGUCGAAUUAGUAUUAUUUUAGUAAAUAUUAUUUAUUUAGUUCCGAAUAUUUUUUUAAAAAUAUCUGCGCGUUUUAUAUUUUUAUUAAAUUUUUACUUUGUGCCGUUUCACAUUCGAUGACUUACUUAUCGUUAGGUAAUUUAUUUGAAAAAUAUUUUUCAAAGUGUGAUAAAUCGCGAUCGAAUAUCUAUUACGAAAAUUAAUAUCAGAAUUCAACCACGUCUAUUUAUCCGAGGAAUACAAGUGCUGAUAUCAGUAUAAUUUAUGCAGUAUUCAGAAAAGUCAAUUAUAAAUCAAAAACAAAAUGGUCAAAGAAAACAAUGGAGGUCAGCCAAGCGAAAUGGACACAUUCUUGUCACCGGACAAACAAGUGACUGUAGACCUUUUAGAUGACUCUACCAAGAUUACCAUUCGUCCUGCACAAAAGAAGGAAUUAUUAAAUGGCAACGAUUACGUUAAUUAUGAUCCGUUCAAAACGAGAAAUCUACAAAAUGCUACAACCGAUUCCGAAACUCUUACUCAUCUGCUGAAAGCUUGUCUAGGUAGUGGUAUAUUAGCUAUGCCAAGUGCAUUUAAAAAUGGAGGAGUAGUAUUCGGUCUUUUUGGAACUGUGAUUAUAGGAAUUAUUUGCGCUCAUUGUGCUUACAUAUUAGUGAAAUGUGCACACAAACUUUAUUAUAGGACUAGGGUUUCAUCUCUAACAUUUUCCGAAGUAGGUGAAGUUGCUUUCGCCAAUGGUCCUAGAUUCUCACAAAAAUUUGCUAAACCCGCUAAGUUAUGCAUUGUGAUAGGUAUUUUUUUAACGUAUUUCGGCACAUGUUGUGCUUAUAAUGUGAUAAUUGCUGGAAAUUUACAACAGGUUAUUCAAUUUCACGGUGUGGGCAAGACGGUUGAUAAACGUUUAUUUAUUGCUGGAUUGCUGAUACCUUUAAUUUUGCUGAGUUAUGUUCCUAAUUUGAAAGCAUUAGCUAUUUGUUCUCAAAUUGCCAAUGUUCUGAUGGGUUGUACCAUUGGUAUUACGUUGUAUUAUAUCUUCUCUGGUGAUCCAUUACACAAUCCAACACAAUUACCACCAAUUGCUGAAACACACGAAUUACCAGAAUUUUUCAGUCUGGUUAUUUUCGCCAUGGAAUGCAUUGGAGUAAUUAUGCCUCUAGAAAAUAAUAUGGCUACUCCCAGACAUUUUCUCGGCAAAUGCGGAGUGAUGAAUAAAGGCAUGUCGUUUGUAACGAUUGUCUACAUGUUGUUAGGUUUUGUUGGAUAUUUAAAGUACGGAAAUUCAGUUUGCUCAGUAAUCACUUUGAAUUUGCCGGAACAUGAAAUCGCCGCCCAGUGUGCCAAAGUUUUUAUUGCCUUUGCAGUAUUUUUCACGUAUGGAUUACAAUUCUACGUAUGCCUAGAUCUAAUUUGGAAUGGUAUUAAAGACAAAAUUUCCAAAAAUGGAAUGUUUUAUAAUUAUUUAAUCAGAACUAUCCUGGUGAUUUUAUCAGUUGCCGUAGCUGUUGCUGUUCCUAAAAUUUCGCCAUUUUUGACAAUAGUUGGUGCUCUGUUUUUCUCUGCUUUAGGACUGAUUUUUCCCGUUAUCAUUGAAACAGUUGUAUUUUGGGAAGAAGGAUUUGGAUUCUUAAAAUGGAAAUUACUCAAAAAUGUAUUUAUCAUAGUUUUUGGCGUUUUAGCCAUGAUUUUUGGUACUAAUUCGGGAAUUCAAGAUAUAUUACGUCAUAAUUGAAAGUAUUUCUGCUCAAUGCAGUUAUUGUUGGAUAAUGUUUUAAUUCAAAUUCAACAGUAAUAAUUUUUUUAAUGUUUUUUUUAUACAUAAUUAUAUUAUACUUGAGGCUGUUAAUAUUUACUGUUAUUUGGUGAAGAUUUUUGAAAUGAUUUUAAUUUUUUUCCUUUCAAAAUCACGACUUGCUGAAGUAAAUUAGUCUCUGUAUUAAUGUCUUAUUUUAAUAAGUGUACAAAUAAAUCAUGAAAGUAUCAUUAUUAUGUUAUUUUGAAAUAAGUUUUGUAGUAUUUACGUAAUGAGAAAAAAAAAACGAGUAAUAAAUAUGUUUUUUUGUUUUGUAA